AGCGAGACUCACUCUUACACAAAACCGACCAGGACUAUUCUGGACACAGGAAGCAGUAAAUGGACUUCCUUUAUAUACAGUAUAUCCCCCUUCAGACUUCAGAGAAGAGUUGACAAAAUGGGGUGGAAAAGUUAAUCAAAUGUUGUGUGGACUUGUUUUCUUUAUAGAGAUUGAUGUUAUGACUGGUUUAAAACACUACUAAAUGCUACUGGAAUACUAAACACGGUUAUGGUAGUAUUUGUGUGCUACAACACAUUAACUGCAUACUGUUUUGGAUAAUAUACGUGCCUCGUAUUCACACGACUUGGUAAGAGUACCAGAAGUGGUAGUUAGGUUAGAGUGGAUCAGUCAUGGUAACUGCACAGUAAACAGUAGGUGGCGGUAUGUGCCCACAGCACUCCAUCUGCCAGUAUCUCAAAGAAGAAGAAGAACAAAGAAAACCUGGAAACACUCAUGAUGUGUACAUAAUCUCUUACCAAUUUCAGAUAAUUUGAGCUUUAAUGGCAUCAUGGGAAGGUUAGUUUAUGAUCAUAUUGUUUGACUCCAGGAAGAAUUUCAUCACAUUUGUUUAAAAUAAUAAAUACAAGAUAGUAAUCUGCGGGUGCGUUUCUCAUGAAAACAAUUUUUGACCUAAAGUGUGAAAGCGACGAGGAAGAGAUGGAGGCAGGGGAGCCCGUGUUAACAGCACAAAUAUCCAGGUGUGCAAACAUUUCAUCUGCAGAUUUGGACGAACUGGAGAACUUCCGAUGCGAAACUAAUACUGUAAAGCAAACAGUAUGGGCCGUGAAUUGUUUCACAACAUGGUUACGUGAAAAAGAGCUCAUCAUUGACCUGAAAACCGUCGAAAAGUCCGAGCUCUGUCCGGUUUUGCGGGAAUUUUACGGAUCCAUUCGGACUAGCAAGGGUGAACUGUACGGUAUCAGCAGCUACAUUGGUCUUCGAGCUGGACUGAACCGCUUCAUCAAUGAACCUCCUCUGAGUCGGGCGUGGAAUCUGAUGCAGGACACUGAAUUCAUGUCCGCCAACAAUGUUUUUAAAGGCGUUGUCAAACAGAUCCGACGCUCAGGUAAGGAUGUAACGACACAUUAUCCUCCGAUCUCACCUGAAGACCAGCACAUACUGAAACACUCGCCUGCAUUAGACCCCGGCAACCCCAAAGGGCUGUUAAAUAAGGUCUGGUAUGACAUCCAGUUGCAUUUUGGACUCCGUGGCAAGGAGGGCAACCGACAUCUGCAACCAGACUCGUUUGCUCUGAAUAGAGACGAAAACGGUUUAAGAUAUUUUACAAUGACAUUAAACGAGGAAACAAACAACCCAUUUGAAAUGGCCAGGAAAAAUCGGAGGGGUGUUAAUAUGAUUGAAGAGCCUGGAAACCCGCUGUGUCCAGUCGCCUCAUUGGAGAAAUAUCUUCGCAAAAUCCCUCCCGAUGCAAAAGCACUCUAUUUGCAGCCCAAAAGAUUGUACGUUGUCACCGAUGACAUCUGGUAUACAGCUGUUCCUUUGGGAGUAAAUCUGCUGUCCCAAAUGCUGCCCAAAAUAUGCAAAGAGGCCGGGACGCGAUCAAUCUACACUAACCACAGUAUGCGGGUGACUGCGAUUCAAAGACUGUCUGACCCGGUGUUGCAGGCGAGGGGCUUCAUGGCAUUGAGUGGGCACAGCAGUGUUCAGGUUGGGAUAAGCUCUCAAUGGCAGCAGGAAUCUGCUCUAUAUUCAUCCAGCAGUGAGAUGGACUCCAGCUCUACGAGACAGGACACCUGUGAGACACCUGUGAACAGCUACAGCUGGAUGAAACAGGAGGCAGAUACUGAACUCAUCCAGUGGGAAAAUACAAACUCUGUGGCUGCUAGUGAUGCUGAUCAAGAAAACACUCAGAGCAGUGCUGUUUCCACAAAUAUUCCUAAUGAAGGUGAACCCUCUAGUAUGAUGCAGACCAUCACUAGACUUCAGUGUCUGCUGGAGAGCAAAAAAGAGAGGAUUGAAGCUCUGGAGAAACAGGUCCAGGAUCUACAGGAGGAUCGCAAGUUCCUCCGCACACAGAUCGAGAACCUCACCAGCGCUCGUGUGGUUCACGUCCCAGAAGCGAGCACAUCACUGUUGUCAGAGUCCAGGCCACACAAGAGACAAAGGAAGAGUUCCUCCAGCACAUGUGACACUGAAGAAAGUGUCUCUGAUGAGUCCGUGAGCACUGCUUCAUCAGAGUCCAGCAGCAACAAGAAAAAAAGACGACACAAGAACAAGAAACAGAAGAAAGGGAGGAGAGGUACACAACACAUUUACACGAGAAUGCAGAAAGUUUUUGCAGCAUCAGAUGUGUAUCUGGAUGGUUCUUCAUGAAGUUUCCUUGUGUAAAUGACGUGUCUCCCAGCAUGGCUGGUGUUAGAGCAAGACUCUGUCUCAUACAAAUCUGAUCAGGAGUGUUCUGAACACAGGAAGAAGUAAAUUGUCUUCCUUAUAAACACCUUACAGUGAGUGGGGUUCAAUAAGCCAUCCACCACUAUAAGCAGGUCCUGUCAGUCUUCAAGAAGUGGAGCCUGAGUAGAGGUUUCCACCACUAAGCCAACAUGGCCCCAUCGCACAACUGUUCCUGACUGCUACAAAGACUUCUGGUGGAUCUGUUUGGGCCUUGUGAGGUGACAUUGGUCAGCUAGACCCAGCUGUCUGACUUCACUAUUGAGGCUAAUGAUGCCCUCACAAGAAGGCACUGGUGAACCUUUGACAUGAGGACUCCCCUCACUUUUUCUUGUUUUAGUCCUUUGUAAAUUCAUGUUUUUUUUUUCAUUGGAUGUUUCCAUUUACUACAUUUACUUUGUUGACUUGCAACAAUCAACAAACAUCCAAUAUUUCAAUAGUUUUUAACUGUAUGUUUAUGUUAACAUAUUAUUUAUAAAAAGUAUUUCACAUCAAAGUCUCAUCAACUUAGGUGUCAAACCUUACAUUGUUUCAGUUUAGAAAUGCAGUAACAAGUAUUUGCUUUUUCUGUACCUGUGUUUUUAUUUGUUGCAACUAUUGUCAGCUUGUUUCUGGGCAAACAAAUCCUUGGUAAACAUAGCCAGUGUAAUGAUAUAGCGAUGGGAAGUCCAAAUAAUUUUAGCAAAUUGGUUCAUUUGGUUUGGGGGGGCUGGGUAGCUCAGCGAGUAAAGACGCUGACUACCACCCCUGGAGUCGCAAAUUCGAAUCUAGGGCAUGCUGAGUGACUCCAGCCAGGUCUCCUAAGCAACCAAAUUGGCCUGGUUGCUAGGGAGGGUAGAGUCACAUGGGUAACCUCCUCAUGGUCGCUAUAAUGUGGUUCUCGCUCUCG